CUAAGCAAUCUAUCACUGUACGAGCUACUGACAUUUCCUUGCCUCAAAAAACAGUCUGUCAUAAAUUUUAGCUCAAAAUUAACCGGAUCCUCGUAAGCUCCGAGCUCAUACUGCUGACAUCGCCUUCCUUUGGCUCAAUUCAUGGGUUCCGUGAUCAGUUCCCUGCAGCGUCCCACCCUCUACGUUGCCAUGGACAGUCCCCAGGGCAACUUCGUCCGCGAGAUUAUCCAGAACAACAAGGUCGUUAUAUUCAGCAAGAGCUACUGCCCGUACUGCAGCAUGGCCAAGGAGCAGUUCCGGAAACUGGAGGUAAAGGCCUACGUGGUGGAGCUGGACCAGCGGGAUGACGGCAAUGAGAUCCAGGCGGUGCUCGGCGAGAUGACCGGAGCGAGGACGGUGCCCAGGUGCUUCAUUGACGGCAAGUUCAUCGGUGGUGGCACGGAUGUAAAGCGCCUCUACGAGCAGGGCAUCCUGCAGAAGUACUUCCAGUGAGACACACCAUCUCCCAUUUUUAUUUUGUUGGAUUGAGGAAAUACAAAAGACUCGCGUUUGGCAUCUUGAAAA